AGCUCCGUCCAGCAAGCGGGGCAAAGAAGAACAAGCGAAGAAGCAGAUAGAACAUUUUUAAUCGUACGCCUACUUUUUCAAUUGCUUGGUAGAAGUUUCUUUCGUUUUUGGGUUGUUUCGGUUCAUGGUUCCGAUAUUCCUGCUGUGCCAGUGCUACCAUUUUGCAUCCAACGACGUGUAUUAGACGCUAGAUUUCCGCUACAAAUCCUACGCCUUGUAACAUCCGGUUUUUGCGUUCGUUCUGUCCCAUCCAUCGCAGGACCGUCGUUGUCCUGUUUUUUUUUCUCUCCUGCAAAACGAUACAAACGUACUGCAUUGCAAACGGUUCGCCACAGUAUAAACCGGAUUUUGUGUAUCUUGCUUAGACCGGGAGGACAAACCGAAAGAAGAAACGCAAAAAAACUGUUUCGCCGGAUGUGUUUAAUUUCGUGAGUGAGCGUUCUGUUUCGAUAAUCAUCUCUAGUUUCGCAAAAGAUAAGCACCGUUUUGGGUGAAUCAAGAAUCAAACCGACCGAGUGCGUGUGUGUGCACAUAUAAAAGCAUUUCAAGUGAGAUUUAAUCAAAUUUAGCAAGUUGAAGAAAGUGAGUGAGAAGAAAGCAACAACGCCUAUGUGAGUCCAAUCGCUAAACCGCAAGCGGUUUAUGUCUCUUUGUGCACUCAGCGCGGUGCAUUCGCCGUGUUGCAUUCGUAGAACACCCACUUUUGCUACCUGUUCGAUUUCACCGGUGCGGGGAAAACGGUGACAAACCGAGAGGGGGGAAAACAACCACCGUCCUGACGCACGAUACUUCUCCAUCUGUAGCGGGUGUGCAUGCCCCAUCGAAGGAGUUGGUCCUUAGGUAGGAUACAAACGCAAGCAGGCGCUUGAAAGUGCAGCAAAGCAAGCCGUGAUUUGUUCAGAUUUGCAAGAGUGUGUUUGUCCGGUGUGUGUGGUGGUGUGUGCUUUACCGUAUACAAACACACAGCACAGCAUCCGUCCGUCCGUCUGUCAAUUACCCUUACCGCACUGCAAACAACAACGUACCAUAUCCUUUGUAGGCGGCGAGAUUUUUUUUUAAAAAGGAUCUGUUUACAUUCGCCCAUCCAACCGGAAAAGCCAAUAAAGGUAUCUAUUACGUAGCCGAUACGAACAAAAAAAAACGGACACGGUUUUAACGUGUUCUGGUUUACCCGCGCAAACCACACCCCCAUCAUCCAUCCCCCCCCCCCCCUUAUCGGCAUCAUCCUUCAAUACUGCCGCCGACCAAACCAAACCAAAGCGAGUGUUCCGAUGACAGUGACGAUGCUGCUUGCCAGCGAUGCUUGAGCGCGUCCGGUUCGGUGGUUUCAGUGGCACGUACAAAGUAAGGGGCGCCGAGCUGGCUCGUGACAGGAAAACGCAAACCAAACCGGUGACCGUACUUUUCCUCGAUGAAAGUACGCACACGUUCCAUCUGGACAAGCGCGCCAAGGGCGCCGAACUGCUCGAACAGGUGUUCCAGCAUGUGGAACUGUCCGAGCGGGACUAUUUCGGGCUGCAGUUCCCGUCGGUGGAAGAUGCGCAUACGCUUAGCAAUGGGAACGGUGGUAGCAGCAUCAAUCAUACGAGCAAAAGUGAUCCAUCGGCCGGUGGAUCGAGCAGUGGAUCGUGUAGUACCGGUGGAACGAAUGGCAGUAACACCGGUCCCGUCUCGCCCACGGUACAGUUCCCGAACGGACGGCAACCGGUACGGUGGUUGGAUCCAAACAAACCUUUCCGCAAACAGCUAAACGAUGCACGAACGACCACGGUACGAUCGCAUGCGGACGGUGGUCCACAUGUGCCAUUGUUGCUGUUUCGCGUCAAGUUCUACGUCACCGAUCCGAGCCGAUUGCACGAAGAGUACACGCGCUAUCAGUUUUAUCUGCAGAUCCGGCGUGAUGUCUAUCAGGGCCGAUUGCCCGUUACCCUGAACACUGCCUGUCUUUUAGCCAGCUUUACUGUACAAGCUGAACUUGGCGAUUACAAUCCAUUGGAGCAUACGGUUGGAUAUUUGAGUGAGUUACAGCUUCUACCGGAGCAAACGGAGGAAGCGGAGCAUCGCAUAUCGGAACUGCACAAGCUACACCGUGGUCAGCUGCCGGCUGACGCAGAGUACAACUAUCUGGAACACGCUAAACGGCUCGAGCUUUACGGGAUCGAUUUCCACCGGGCGACGGUAAACCAGUCGAAGCGGUUUUCACCCUUUGGAAACACUACCCUACCAACCUCCCGUCCUCCUCCGUUGCAGGAUUCGUCCGGAAAGGAGCUAGCGCUGGGUGUAUCUUCCCUCGGUUUGUUGGUGUAUCAAAACGGUACCCGCAUCAACACCUUCUCGUGGUCGAAGGUGGUAAAGGUGUCCUUCAAGCGGAAAGAUUUCUUCAUUCAACUAGCACGCGAACCGUCCGAACACUACGAUACGCUGCUCGGCUUCAGUAUGGGUUCGCACCGUAAUGCUAAGCUGCUGUGGAAGGCUUGCGUCGAGCAUCAUUCGUUCUUCCGGUUGAAGAAACCGCACCGUUCGCCACGUUCUUUCCUGCCACUUACAUUGCGUUCGAAAUUCCACUAUUCCGGCCGCACCGAACUGCAAGCCGUAACGGAAAGCCGUCAGCGUGGUAAGGUGGCGAAAAUGUUCAUCCGUUCGCCCAGCCGACGGUUGUUGGCUACGAUUUCACAAUCACAAUCACCUCAGCUGAACGGUGCUGGUGGACCCACCGGUGACGGGAGUGGUGCCUCGUGCAAUGAGGCAAGCAACGGUGGCGCCAACAUCAGUGCUGCGAGUGGGAACAAAAAUCAGCUUACCUUACUUUCGAUCACAAAAGCUACCCGUACGUACGAUAAGGUUACCUCCAAGACGCCAUCAUCCAUGCCGCGUAAAGCUUGGGAACAGCAGACUGAUGAACCCACUUUCAUCGAGCAUUGUGCCCGCACAUCGAUGCCCAUGUACGAUUCACCACCCGCAUAUGCCGGUCUGAAUGGAAGUGGUGCGGGCAAUGGAAUCAAUGGAGACGAUGAAUCCGGCGGACUGGUCACAAUCCAUCUGGUGGCGGACGAGCAAGGACGUUUCGGGUUCAACGUAAAGGGUGGCAUCGAUCACGGUCUCCCCAUAUUGGUUUCACGUGUCGCACCACACACGCCGGCCGACAAAAGUACGCCGCGCGUCUGCGAAGGCGAUCAGGUGGUGCGUAUUAACGGGCGUGACGUUAGUGCGAUGGCGUACGAGCAGGUCGUUAGUUUAAUUCGUGCCUCGCGUGAGUAUCAGGGUGGGGAAUUGUUGCUGACACUGAAACCGAAUGCCUUAGUCGAUUAUACCGAGGAGGAACCACUGUAUCAGUACGUCCCGGAGGAAAAUGAUAUCGUACGGGUCGGACUGCUAAACGGUGAUCAGCUGUUCACACAAUCGUUACUGUUGCUGCGCGAUGGUUUAGCAUCUGGCGCACUGUUGGCACAGUAUGAGCAGCUGUACCGGAAGAAUCCGGAACUGGCUAUUACGGAGGCGCGUAAAAAUGAAAACAUUGGAAAGAAUCGUUACCGUGACAUAUCACCGUAUGACUGUACUCGCGUCGUACUACAGCAUGCGGAAAGUGGCGACUACAUUAACGCCAACUAUGUGAACAUGGAAAUACCUCCUGCCCGGAAAACGAACCGCUACAUCGCCACGCAAGGUCCACUACCGUCGACGGUAAACGAUUUCUGGCGCAUGGUGCAGCAGGAAAGCAGCCACCUGGUAGUGAUGUUAACGACGGUGAAGGAAAGCGGCAGCACCAAGUGCCAUCAGUAUUGGCCAUCGGCCGAUGACGAUCCACUCGUACCGUCGGCUGGCUUUUCGAUCAGUUGCCUUACGGAGAAACCGGACGAAACCGGUAGCUUCGUGUUUCGCGAUCUCGUCAUGACGGAUGAACGUACGAAGGAAACGCGCACCAUCCAGCACAUGCAGUAUCUGGCCUGGCCGGACCACGACGUACCGGCGGAUCCGAAUCUGUUUCUACAGUUUACCGAGCGGGUCCGAUCGGCACGGGAAACGACACUACCGCUAGAGAUUGAGGCAAGCCUUAAAAAUGUAAAAUUGCGCAACGUCGAUGAGAACGGUGGAUUGGACAACUCGGAGCGGCGGAUCGUGCACACGGAUAGUGACGACAGUCCGAACGAUAUGCCCUCCUCAACGUCGGUUCAUCAGUAUAUAAGUGCUUCGAAUCCACCCAUUAUCGUACACUGUUCGGCCGGCAUCGGUCGUACAGGGGUGUUGAUACUAAUGGAUACCGCACUGGCGCUGAUGGAGGUACGGGAACCGAUCUAUCCGCUGGACAUUGUACAGGCGAUGCGUGAUCAACGGCCAUGCAUGGUACAGAAUGUGAGUCAGUAUCGAUUCGUUUGCGAAUGUAUCUGUGCGGCAUAUUUGCAACAGGUAGCAAAGGAACAAGCUACCUCCGCUCCUAGCUCACCUACAGGAACGUUAGAAGCUAGAAAACCGGUCACAAAAACAGCAUCACCAUCUGCCGGUGGUACGGCAACAAAUGCUGCAGCAGCGAAAACCGUUCCGAGCAUAGCAUCACCAGAGGAAACGAUGCUCGAUACGCCCGCAGCAGACAGCGAACGAAAGGCACCGUUGGCAACGGAAACGACAAGCAUCAGUACGGCCACCGUAUCACCGUCCAAUGGACACCAGGAGGUUGAGUAGACCCCCAAAACCCAACGAACGAAAUCGAGUUAUUUCGCGGUACAACUACUCCGUGCGUAUUUCCGUAAUCGGUAUUAAUUUAUUUCAAUAUUUCGUAUAAUACUAUGUUUUCCCGACUCAGCUUAUAAAUGUGUCGGGACGGGAUUUAUAUCAUUAGAAGUGUGCGUUCACCUAUACCAUGCGGCGGCUCUGUGCCGCAUUUUGCACCGGUUACAUCCAUUCUUGAUGUGGAUCCCUCGUUAGUUCCCGCAAAUCCUAUUGAAUAUUCUGAUUGCUCUUAUUUUCACUCUUCUUUUCACUCUCUCUCAUACAUUUUGCAUUGUACAUGCGUCGUGUACAUACGCAUACUAUCUUAUAUGACCUCGUCUUGACAAUUUAGGAUCCUCUUCGCUUUUGUGUUAGAAACACCCAUCAUGCAGGAGCUAGUAGUCGGUCACGUCUAGACACUCUACAAAUGAUGGAAUUAAAAUAACAUUUGUGAUUGAAACAGUAUACCCGUUCUUGCGGCGUUAGACGUAAGGAAAAGAACAACCGAACGAUAACAAUAACGACACAGGCUAACCCCCGCACCCCCUUCCCCGGCCGGAUGUGAAACAUUUGUCCCCCUGACGAAAUGAUGGAAUCGGUAUUGGAAAUACAGGCGCAUAAUGUUUAUAAUAGGUAAAUAAUCCUUUCUUGCUUACAAUCUCAUGUAUAAGUUUUAUCGAGUUUUGUUGGUUCGUUUGUAUGCGCGAUCGCGAGACAAAACUGAUCAUUACAAUUUUCUGCCAAUACACUAGCACACCACUCACAAACAAAACUACAAAAUACAUACUUAUAUACACGCAUACAUGUAACCGAUCCGACCGAUGCAAGACUAUUCUAAUAAGCUAAUUUUAUACACGAGUGCGCACCUUCAUUCAGCCUUUGCCGAAUUUAUGUGAGAAUAUAAUCAACAAAUUGAAUCUAGAGUGAACAGUUUGCGAAAACAAAACAGGAUUACAAGGAUAGUAGUAGUAGUAGUAGUAGUAGUAGCAGUGGUAGUAGUGCAGUGCAAUUUGGGCAAUGCUUUAAACUUUCGUAAGUGAAAACACUGCAUCAAUGGUGUGGUGAACGUUUAUUUUUAAUAAUAAUAAAAUAACAACUGAACAAACAAAAUAUCAAGUGCAUCAUAAUACGGAACAAUACCCUUUGGUACAAGAUAGAGAGGCCACACCCACUAGAAGAUAAGCAUUAGCCGAUCCGGUGUUCGGUGGUAAAGCAAUACAAUAGAAACCUACAAUAGAGGGCACGCACAAAACCGGUCACGUUUCACGUAAACAGAUGGCAUCAUACAUCAGAACGAAUUCUGGAGUGAAAUUUUACAAAAAACCUUAUCAAUACAGCACCAACAGUUGUCUGUUACAGUGAGAGAAACGUAUAAAUUGCUCCGGAAAUGUGGUUUCUUCCGCUAGAGCAACCCGGAUAGGAAGCAACAAGCAGCAAAAACCCGUAAACGUUACAGCCAUUUUUAUGCUACGCGCAGACAAAAGAAAAACGACAGCAUUAUAAUUGAUGAUUAUUAGCCUUUCGUGGGCCGACGUCGUGUUUAUGUGAAACAUAGGAAAGAUAGGAAGUGAACCAGGCAUUGGAGCAAUAAGUGUGAAUAAGCGAAACAGUCAGUCAGCGUUGAAGGAGUUAAAGAACAGUUUUCAAAACGGAUGAAUAAUUUGUGUUAAGAUGAAAAGCAAGUACUCGGCAUCAAAUUAAUAGAUGCGAUACGCAACCGCAAAUGAAUGUUGAGCAAAUGUGUAAGUUAAGAAAAAUCGAAUUACAGUACCUUAUGAAUUUG